AUGGCCGCUACAUUUUCUUACGCACAGGCCGCCAAAGGCAUUGUUGCGACGCAACCGUCCACGAAGACGACAUCCGACACGAAUAAGACCUCCAAGCCGGAGGAUCAGGCUGAGGUUGACAACACUGUGACCUCCACCCCCGAGUCUCCCCAGGAACCGGAGAAUGCUCCCGUCGCCAACGAGAAGGAAGCCGAAUCGACCGCUCCCCAAACAAAUGGAACGGGGACGUCCACUCCCAGUGUCGCCAAUUCGUCGCAGAAGCCCGACGAGGAGUCCAAUACUUCCAACGGAACUUCCGAAUCAAGCUCGGAGAAGCCGUCAGAGACACCGGCUGCCGACAAGCAGAACGGCACCGAGAAGAAGAAGGGCGACGAGAAGGAAAAGAGCGAACCCCCUAAGGAGCUCAAGGCUGCUCCCCUCCCCUCCGUGAACAUCUGGCAACAACGGAAAGAGGCCCAAGAAGCCAAGGCGAAGGCGAUUGCGGCUCUGAAGCCCGGUUCUACCAGCGGGAAGGCGGUUUCCAAGACGACGUCCGCCGCCUCUUCGAUAUCCGGCGACAACCAGCAGGAUCAGACCAAGGCGGUCAGCAACAAGAAGUCGGACAACCGCCGGAAGGCUGAUGGAGGAAAGGCACGCGAGGACGCUGCCGCUCUCCCUCCCGUCGCUGAUGCGACUCUCUGGCCGACUCCCCAAGUCGCGCUGGGCGAAGAGAAGAAGAAGGCGCAGGAGAAGCCCGAGAAGGCUGAGAAAUCCGAGAAGAGCUCGUCUACCCGAGGAAAAGAGAAGUGGAUGCCGGUUCCCUACGUGCCUACUGCUGUCUUCAACACUCCUCUCCCAUCCGCUGCGCGUCGAGGUGGUCGGGCUGCUCGGGGUGGACGGGAGACUGGCCGCAAUGGCUCCCACGGUUCUGACAAGUCCGCGGCUGGACAAGGCGCCCAGGCUGCCUCCAAGCAGACCGCUCCUGCUGAGCGUGGUCGCAACGAGCCGAGCACUGCUCGCGCGAACUCUCUUCCUGCUCCCUCCCGACGAUCGAACAGUGCCGAUGCAGGUGUGGCCGAUGCUCGCAAACCUCAAGUCACGGAUCGGGCCCGUGGACCCAAGGGCGCGGACAACGCCGCCGGUGCGGCCGCCAAGCACGGUAACGGAGGCGAUGGAUUCCCUCGCCACCAGAAGGGAUUUGCCAGAAACCACGAUGCUGCACACAAGGGCGGUGAUCAGAGCGGACGCAAUGCCAACGUUCCUGCGGAUGCCAACGCUCGCUCCGGUGCUUCCAAUGAGCGUCGGUUCGAAAAUGGCCCCAAGUCUGCUGACUUCGCCGGCUUCAACGGCAAGGAGAAAGAGUUCCCUCGCGAGUCUCGGCGCGGCGGUGGAUCCCAUCGGGGUCGCGGUGGCUACAACGGUGCGCAGAACUCUCAUUUUGCCAACCACAAUGGCUUCGCUCACGCCAAGUCUUUUGGCUUCAACGAUCGCCAGCGGUCGCAGCCCCAUGGGCUCGGAAAUGGCUCUCGCGGCCAUGGCAUGUCUAUGCGGUCUCCGUCGUUGCCCAACUCUGCCGCCAUGUACGGCGUCUAUCCUUUCCCUGCCGAUAUCAACACCAUGUAUGGAUACCAGCCCAUGACUGCGGGCCCUAUGUCGGCUGUGCCGUACCAGGGAUAUAUGGAGCCUUUCUCCUUGUUGAGCAUGAUCUCUAUGCAGCUGGAGUACUACUUCUCGGUGGACAACUUGUGCAAGGACCUGUUCCUCCGGAAGCACAUGGAUACUCAGGGCUUCGUUGCCUUGGGAUUUAUCGCUGGCUUCAAGCGGAUCAAGAACCUGACAGAAGAUUUUGAGCUUCUUCGCCAUGUCUGCCGCAAUUUGAGAAACGUUGAACACAUCCAGGGUGAAGACGGUGUUGAUCGCUUGCGCCCCAGAGAGAGAUGGGAACAGUGGGUGCUCCCCAUCGAACAGCGUGAUCCGUCCGCCCAACAUCAGGGCCCUUCUGCGGCCAAGUCGGAUGAAAGUGCCAACAACCACGUGGAUGGAGCAAUGAACGGGUCGGUCAGUCUGCCCAAUGGCACUGCGGAGACUCCGGUUUCGAAGACGCCACUGUCUUCCGAGGCCCCGGAGUUCUCUCCCGCUACGGCCGUGAACAGCCAAAGCGAGACAGCAAAUGUAUGA